GGACCAUCUGCUUGGCACUUCUCAAAUAUUUUCAGCAGUGGGAGAGCAGCUUUGGUUCCUUCCGAGAUGAGAGGCUGCAGCCAUCCUUCGAGAUGUUGGGACUGGAGACCCUGCAGGCUGGCUGGGCAUUGAUGCCCCAGAUGCAAAGGGAAAGCCAGCCUGUGGCCACUUCUGACCCUUCCUGAGCAAAUGACACCAGCGAGUCUGCGUUCCCGUUUUUCAUUGUUCAGCUGUCCUUGACAACCAGAACACCUCUUUCAUGAGAAGGAAGAGAGGAGGGAAGAUGCUCUGUGGUGCUGCCAGUAAUGCUGACCAGUCAUGGUGCCGUUACCUCCUCGGCUGUCUCUGCACUCUGCUCCCAACUGAGGUUUCCGCUGCAGUGUAACUGAGCGCUCCAGGUACCACCGAGGGCUGUCAGGAUGAGCUGUCCUUCCAUCCCAGGCUGUCACUGCCAGAAAAUUACCUGAAGAGGUCCAGCCUGAGGCCUCCUCAUGGAUGGGUCAAACGUGACAUCAUUUGUUGUUGAGGAACCUACGAACUUCUCCACCAGCGGGAAUGCCUCAGCCGGGAAUACGCAUCGGCAAAUCCCCAUUGUGCAUUGGGUCAUCAUGAGCAUCUCCCCAGUGGGGUUUGUUGAGAAUGGAAUUCUCCUCUGGUUCCUGUGCUUCCGGAUGAGAAGAAAUCCCUUCACUGUCUACAUCACCCACUUGUCUAUCGCGGACAUCUCCCUGCUCUUCUGUAUUUUCAUCCUGUCUAUUGACUAUGCUUUAGAUCAUGAGCUUUCUUCUGGCCAUUACUACACAAUUGUCACAUUAUCGGUGACUUUUCUUUUUGGCUACAACACGGGCCUCUAUCUGCUGACGGCCAUUAGUGUGGAGAGGUGCCUGUCAGUCCUUUACCCCAUCUGGUACCGAUGCCACCGCCCCAAGUACCAGUCAGCAUUGGUCUGUGCCCUUCUGUGGGCUCUUUCUUGCUUGGUGACCACCAUGGAGUAUGUCAUGUGCAUCGACAGAGAAGAAGAGAGCCACUCUCGAAGUGAUUGCCGGGCGGUCAUCAUCUUUAUAGCCGUCCUGAGCUUCCUGGUCUUCACGCCCCUCAUGCUGGUGUCCAGCACCAUCUUGGUCGUGAAGAUCCGGAAGAACACCUGGGCUUCCCAUUCCUCCAAGCUGUACAUUGUCAUCAUGGUCACCAUCAUUAUAUUCCUCAUCUUCGCCAUGCCCAUGAGACUCCUUUACCUGCUGUACUAUGAGUAUUGGUCCACCUUUGGGAAUCUCCACCACAUUUCCCUGCUCUUCUCCACCAUCAACAGUAGUGCCAACCCUUUCAUUUACUUCUUUGUGGGAAGCAGUAAGAAGAAGCGAUUCAAGGAGUCCUUAAAAGUUGUUCUGACGAGGGCUUUCAAAGAUGAAAUGCAACCCAGGCGCCAGGAAGACAACUGUAAUACUGUCACAGUUGAGACCACCGUCUAAGAACUGUGAGGGAAGUUGUGGAUAAAAAUGGUAAAACAGAUCAUUUUCAUUUUGUGCUUGGACUAUAACUUAAGUAUCUCCUAAAUGUGAUACAGAAGAACAUCUCAUCCCAUAGACAUGAGAUACUAAUUAAUGAUGAAAUUGAACUCUUGUACUGUAUCUUCUGGAAAUGACCUGUCAUUUCUGUUCUUAACAGAGACUCUUUCUAUUUCUUUCAGCUCUUUUGGCAGCAUUUUACCAUGAACCACAAAAAUGACUUUAGCAGGAAGAUUUGCAGAUGUGUACAGGAGAAGGUAACAAAACUGUUGUUGGAACUUGAGGAGGCAGCUCCAAGUAGCAGGAAGUACGAAGGUUGCUUUCUGUGUGACCUCAGGCAAGUCGUUAAACCUCUCAGAGCCUCAUUUCCUCACUCAUAAAAUGGUCACAGCAAUAGUCCAUACCUCCUGGGUCUGCUGUGAGGAUGAAAUGAGAAGAUGACGCUUGCAAAGCACCUGGCACAUUGUGGAUGUUCAUUAAACAUCAGUCUCUCCUCACUCCCUUCAAUGGUAGACAAAAUGUAAAUUUUUGUUUUGUAAAGCACACACACACACAUACACACGGCUCUGCCAUGUACAGAAGUUAUGAUGUGUUUUUACAUGUUGAAUGUAAAUUUACAACGAUCUUCUUUUUGCUUGCGGCAUGAAAGCUUUUCACGGCAUAACACCUCUAUUGAAAAACAUCGCAGAUGUUAUGCUCUAACUAGCCACGUGCUAGUGCAUCAUUUCAGGUUGUGAAGAAAUACAUUUGGCCACCAGUCGAGGAGUUUCUCAUGGCUUCCCUUCCCUCUGUGGGAAUAUUAGAUGAAAUGAAAGUCUGUGUUUUGAAAUCCUUUGAUUGCAUAUAAAUUUUUACGAAUGGAGUUGAAUGUAUGAGUUCCUGGGGGUGACUGUGGCCCUCCUCCACACGAAGCAAUAGGUUAUUUAUAGCAAGAGUUCUCACCUGCAGCCAAGUGUGGGUCUCGGCACCUCUCUGCCUCCUCUCCUCCUAAGGCAUUUUUUUUUUUUUUUUUUUGCAUCAUACCUGGAAGGAGGCUCAGUGACAAGGGUUAAUGAGAAUGCGGUCACAUCCUGGAGGACUCUGACAUUUUUGCUCAUGACAGAUUCUUGCACGACUUCCUCAGCAUCUUUACUCAGCACUCCGGGUGGGAUCUGCCUCUUGCCUGCUGUGAGUUGCCCUCCAGACACCGCACGUCCUGGGUUUUAGCUGUGAAGCCCGUCUCGGCCUAUGACUGCAUAGCUAUGUUUAUUUCCUUCUGUCCCUUCUAGGAGUUCCGCAAAAAUGACAAUGUGUCACAUGAUUCUACACGUUGUAAAAUGUUAAAGCCCAUAGAAACAAGCCUGUUAGUAUUUGUUUUAACUGUUUGCUCUUUAAAAGGUCAGAGAGGCGGUGAUGAAAUCGUUCUCUGUUGCUGCUGGUCCUUCCCCAUCCUC